GUCAACGUCACACGUCCUUACCUAUGGCUGUCAUGUAUAGAGUUUGUCGAGGGACAUCGCUUCAUUCGUAAUUUCACAAAGUUUACAUUUGGGUGAAUAAGUAAUACAACACCAUACCAACAGCGUUGCAUCAAUAGAGAUGUCUGGACGUGUGUGCGCCAGCAUCCUUCAAAGAGCUUCAAGCUACACAUUAACACUUUCCUCUGCUGCCGUACUCCAGUAUUCCAACGUUGUAGCAUUUUCGUCUUCUCAGCCUCGACCAGCCCACCAAUGUCAUUUCUCAUCCUGGGCUACCUCCAGACCAGACCAGUUCUGCUUUACUGGUGAGGAGUCAGGAAAUUGGUCUCAAAGUGGGCAGCGCCACCUCUCAACUCAUCAGGACCUAGACUUCCAGCUUAGCCAGGUCCAAAUCAACAGUAUUCUACGAUCCAAUGAGCAGACUGUGAGUGUGCCAGAAUUUGAUGGCAGGGGACUCAGUGCUGUCAAAAAGUUUGAGAGCAACCAGCUGGCUGCUAACACACCUAAUGAGGACCGUCGCAGUGCAGCCACCUGCUUACAGUCUAGGGGUAUGCUCUUCGGAGUGUUUGACGGCCAUGGGGGCUGGGCAUGUGCCCAGGCCGUCAGUGAGCGUCUGCUGUACUACAUUGCUGUAGCAAUGAUGUCAAAGCAGAGCCUGGAGGAGCUUGAGAAAUGCAUGGAGCAUGGCAGACCUGUUCCUCCAAUCCUGCAGUGGCACAAACACCAUUCAGACUUUAAUUACCGUGAAUCUGCUUCCCUGUACAUCGACCACCUCAGAGUCUUCUGGCAAGAAUUACUGGACAGUGGAGAACACGGUGAAGGCAUGAUUCCUGUGGAUGCGAUGGACCGUGCUUUUAAACGACUUGAUGCUGACAUCUCCUUGGAGGCUCAAGUCCCUCUUUCCAAUGACCUGAUGAAAAGCACAGCUAUCCAGGUUGCGUUUUCUGGUUGCACUGCCUGUGUGGCUUAUGUUGGCACAGAAGGGAUCCACGUGGCUAACGCUGGUGACUGCCGAGCAGUAGUAGGGGUGCUGGAGGAGGACGGUUCAUGGAGCGCUUUGCCCCUUUCCCAGGACCACAACUCACAGAACCAAGCUGAGAUGGAGAGGAUCAAGGCCCAGCACCCGCCCUCGGAGAGAGACACAGUGGUCACAGAUGACAGGCUGCUUGGGGUUCUGAUGCCCCUGCGUGCAUUCGGUGACGUACGAUUCAAGUGGAGCCUUGAGUUGCAGCAGAGCAUUUUAAGCAGCCUGGAAUCCGGAGUGGACCUGGACUCUCUCAACCUGUACCAGUACACUCCACCUAACUACCUAACUCCGCCCUAUCUGGAUGUGUCACCUGAGAUAACCUAUCACAAGCUUAGACCUCAGGACCGCUUCCUGAUCCUCGGAACUGACGGACUGUGGGAUGAACUAGGGAACGAGGAAGCUGUACGACUCAUUGGAGAGCACCUGAGUGGGAUUCACCUACAGGCUCCUGUCUCUCCAUCAGAGAGGCAGAUGAAAUUGGGCCAAAUCCAUGAACUCUUGCUGAAGCGCCGGGCCCGUGCCUCCCCCGCUUUGGACACCAACUCUGCCACACACCUCAUCAGACAUGCUCUUGGCACUGGGGAGUAUGGAGAACUGUGCCAAGAGAGACUGUCCUCUCUGCUGGCUUUGCCAGAGGACCUGGCUAGGAUGUACAGGGACGAUAUCACAGCUACUGUAGUGUAUCUGAACUCUGAUCUGGCCAGACAUCAACAAAGCUAACAGAGGGGUUUUUUUGUUACUACGGCUGGACGAGAUUUAAAAAGAAACACAAUAUUCAGCUCUGUUCAUCUCAUUGCCAACUUUCCCCAAGGCUGUCAUUUUCUGGAUGUUUUGGGAUGAUCAUCACAACCUGUUACACACAUUGAUUUAUAAAUAUUUAUAAAUGAAAGGGCAGUUUUCAGUAUUUUAUUAUGGGAAAGUACAUGGAAGGAACCACUGUUUCAUAAACUUAACACGCGUUACACAUUCAUAGUAUUUAUCAGGUCAAAAUUCAGACUUUGUGAAGGAAAGCUUUUGAUCAUUUAAUGUAUUCAUGAGGGACAUUUUAUAGAUAUCACCUGAGUUGCAUGUUGAAUGUUGGCAGUUAAAAUGCUACAGUAUAAUGAAGACACUCACUUUGUUCCUUGUCUGGAAUUGUGUUUCUACUUCCCUUGCAAACUGUGCUUUGGACAAUCUAUCUGUGACGUGACUGUUUACAUGACCCAAGUGUAAGCUCUGAAGUAUCGUUUUAACAUUGUGUAAAUGUACUGUCUCCAGUGUGGCUGUAAGAUGUAUUUAUGUCGACACUCCACUCAAUGAGAGCAAAGGUGCAAAUACUUCAUAAUAAACAAUUGAGAAAUAA